AGCGCUCGUGUCUAAUUUCCACCCUUUUGGUGUGUGUGUGUGUGUGUGUGUGUGUGUGCAUAUUUCUGUUGUUGGUUCCUCUUCCUUUUCUCCUGCGUGCCCCGCUUUUCCGGCUCUCCAGGUUUUUUUUUGUUUAGAAACUCUUUGGUGUGUUCGUCCCUUCCCCUUUCUUCCCUCAGCACGUUGCUCUUUUCAAUAUGGGUAAUACACAUUUUGUGUUCUCUCUCUCUCUCUAUAGGAAAUACGCCCCCAAACAACGUUUAGCGGCUGCGACGAUCCACAAGACACGACGAUAACACUGACAACAUUAGACCAGAGAUGUCAUCCACGGAUUUCUUUGUGGCCAUCUCUGGCGAGCCAGCGCGGGCGGCGCCGUUCGGUGCUGCAUGCCGUUUUAACAGCCCCGAUGAGCAGAGCGUCGUCAAGGACGUGCUGAAUCAGAGCGCGGAGCGAAUUCUGCUGCUGGCGUUCGUGGUGGACAAGUCCGUCGGCAAAGCGCUGUGCAGGGCAAUGUUCACGUAUUUUGCAGAGUGCAUUGAUCCCAGCAAGAACGUCUACGUCCAGUUCAACGUUUCCUUCGUCGAAGAGAAGACGAACAGCUUAAUCCAGUACCGCUGCGAGCGUCUGGGCGACAUCGACGCCGUCAUCGAAGCCGAGGGCGGAGCCCACGACUGCUCCUCCAUCUGCGCCACACGCGUCGUGCCGAAGGAGACGUCGUUUGUGUUUGUGGAGCAGCGACUCACGGUGAUGCUCUGCACGGCGUCCGAGUACAACUCCGACAAACUCAUGCACGUCACGGAGAACGCCGCUGCUAUGGUGGGGUGUCAGAUCGGGUCUGUUGGCUUCUACAUCCCGAGAGACGUGAUGUGCAGUCCGGUCAACCUCGAAGAACUGGCGAAGGAAGGGGAGCUGUUUAGGGAGCUGGUGUCGCGGCGCACCAUCGGCCACGAGGAGCGCGUGUCGAGUCGCGUACGCCUGCAGGACGUUCGUGCCUGGUCGCUCAUGAUCAACGAGAAGAACCACUUUAGUGCGGUGGAGCCGGGCCCCUACCUUGUGAGCCUCAACCCGCAGCUCGUCGUCGGCGAGAAGCUGGCCCAUUACGUUAUGGAGGAGCUCACCUACAUGGUGGGUGACAGUGGCAACGCUUCCCCAGUCGACUUCUGCGUGAUGCCGCCCGUCGCGGAUGGGGAUGCGCUGCACCGCAGUGUCUACUCCCCUCAUUGCCGAUUGCGUCGGGAGGGUUACGCCGUGUACAUAAAGCCGGAGUGUGGGAUGACGUACGUGAACGGUAAGCUGAUCGCCGAGGAGCAGCUGCUGCACCACAACGAUCGCAUUAUCUUAGGGAAGCAGCUCGCGUUUCGCUUUGUCAUCGUGGGCACCGAGGUGCCGAAGAAUCCAGACUCCCGCAUUCUCGACUGGGAACUGUGCUCCAAGGAGUUUCGCCGCGAAAGCGAACGGGUCAUCGAGAGCGGAAUUCGAUCAGCGUUGGAGACAAACAACAACGAACUGCGGGCACGCUGUGAGGAGUUGGAGGGGUUGCUGGAGAACGCGCGGGGAAACUCAUGGCUGAUGCUGACCAACCCGCCUCCCACCUACAAAGGGCAGUGUCUGUGGCCCUUCGAUCUGCGAAAGCGACACAGUGCAGUCACCAUCGGGCCCCAGGGCGAUGUCGCGCUUCCAUUUCUCACCGCCUCAGCCACGCUGAAGCACGCGAUGGACGGCCUCAUAUGCAAAUCCGGCAACGCGACCGUCGCGAUCAGCAACGGCGCCCGCUUCAACGUCGGUGCGUACACCUUUGCGAUGAGUAUAGAUGAACGCGUCGCGCCGGGCCGCACGCGUAAGGAGUCGACGCUGGACGGCGGCACGUCUGCCGAUGCGGUGCUGGAGCUGCAGUCGAGCUUCUUCUCGCUGCAAUGGGCCAUUGGCGCUCUUUUCGACUUCGUCUUUCCGGUCAAGGGCCGCAGGGUGAAGCGAGAAGGCGACAAGUACUACGCCUACCGAGCCCCGCUGUACGACACGCACCUGCUUGAGGCCCCCGCAGUGCACACGACCGACGUGGUGGCACUGAAUACGCAGCUCACGGAGGCGGUGCGGGUGAUGGGAGCCGGCUUGGCGAAGGAGAUGCGGGAGAUGACGGCGGGGUCGCCGCCGCCGUCGCCGUCGUCGUCGCCGUCGCCGUCCCCAUCGCCGCGCGGGGAUGCGAGCGCAAUGGCAAAGGCGGAAGACUUUCUUCGUAGUGUCGCCGCAGACACGGAGCUUACCACGGCGGUCAUGCGACAGGUGCACCACGAAAUUGGCUCAAUCUUGUACGAGAGGUGCAACGGGCAGCAACAGCAGCAGACGUCGCGGCAGACGCAGCUGAGUACCUCACCGAAGUUACCCAAAUCACCCAAGUCGGUGCGUGCAAGGCCAAAAGACCGCCUCCACGAGGCCUCGCCGCUGACACCGCCGUCGCCACCGAGCGCGGGCAACACUGAGGGGCGGCUUCUGCGGCUGAAAGGGACGUGCUUCAUGUCCUCCCCGAAGGUGCUGCAACGGGCCAGCAACACAGUGACUCUGCUGAGUGUCAGCACCAACGCCAAAGGGCUGUGGGAGCAACACGUGCAGCACGUUGGCACCAUUGGGAAGUCCUUCUCACAAACGAAGGGCGACGACGCCAACCUGCUCACCGAACUUCUCUUGCUGAUUGUAGAUGCUGUCCUCUCCACCGACUACUGCCUGCGCCACCGGCUUCUCAAGCCCCGCGAGGUGGAGAGCCUGGAGCCGAAGCUGGCCCUGUGGCAGAAGUGGGCCGACAAGUGCGUUGGCGCGAUGGAGGGCCAAACUCCGUUGUCGCGUUCCGCCUGGAAGCACGAGUCGGCUGUGCAGCGCAAGCCAACACCGCACAUCCACCGCAGUGCUGCGAAGCGAGGUGGCGACGCUCCGACGCCGACUCGCAACCCCGCCGAUCUCGAUCACACCAAUGGCUCCCGAAAGACGAGUCUCUCGCGCAUGGCGAACAGCUACACGUCGGUGCCGCCACGCCUGACGGGAGACCACAACACCAGCCGCUCCGCCCUCUCCGCCACCUACAGCGGCAAGACGUCGCAAAGCCUCACCUCCUUUGGGACACUGCGUAAAUUGAGCGUCUCAUCGGCCACCAAAGCGCAAUCCGCACGCGGACUGCACAACACCGCACGCCGCAGCUCAACGACGGCGACCCCGAACAGUACGAACAGCACAAAUAAUACAACGACGAAGCAACGUUCGCCGGCUACGGGGUCGUCUGGAGUGGUUGCCCCCGCCCUCUCUGCACGGCGAAAGGUGGAAGCCGCAACACGCAAAAAGAAGUAG